CACCUGGCAGAUACCUCCCAUGGUGUAAGAAAUAAGUGCCUGCAAUUACUUGGCAAUCUUGGCUCUUUGGAGAAAACUGUUACAAAGGAUACAGACAGCCUAGCUGUCAGAGAUGUCCAGAAGAUUAUAGGGGAUUACUUCAGUGACCAGGACCCCCGUGUCAGAACGGCAGCUAUAAAAGCCAUGUUGCAGCUCCAUGAAAGAGGACUGAAGUUACACCAAACAAUUUAUAAUCAGGUUAUUGAACCUGUAGCUUUAGGCUUCUGUUUUGUCAUUUGUGGUUUCUUUUACUUUAGCAUUGUCCCAAUUCCUUCUUCUAAUGAAGAAAUUCGCUUAGUUGAUGAUGCAUUUGGAAAAAUUUGUCACAUGGUCAGUGAUUGCUCCUGGGUGGUUCGAGUUCAAGCUGCAAAGCUAUUGAGGAAACGCACUGCACAUGAGCGUGCCAAGGAACUUUAUAGUUCAGGUGAAUUUUCCAGUGGCAGGAAGUGGGGAGAUGAUGCUCCCAAGGAAGAAGUGGAUACGGGGGCUGUGAACUUGAUUGAGUCAGGAGCUUGUGGAGCCUUUGUUCAUGGAUUGGAAGAUGAGCUGUAUGUGUCAUCAGCUGUUUCCCCCAACAUCACGCCUCAGGAGGAUCCUUCUCAUCAGUUCCUGCAGCAGAGCCUUGAAAGGGUGUACAGCCUUCAGCACCUGGACCCUCAGGGCACCCAGGAGCUGCUCGAGCUCACCAUCAGCACUCCUCCAUCAGACAUUGCAGUUUUGGUUCUUAUCUUCAAUGCUGCUAAGACCUGUCCGACAAUGCCAGCAUUGUUCUCAGAUCACACCUUCAGGCACUAUGCCUACCUCAGGGACAGCCUUUCUCAUCUUGUUCCUGCCUUGAGGUUACCAGGUAGAAAACUAGUGUCAUCAGCUGUUUCCCCCAACAUCACGCCUCAGGAGGAUCCUUCUCAUCAGUUCCUGCAGCAGAGCCUUGAAAGGGUGUACAGCCUUCAGCACCUGGACCCUCAGGGUGCCCAGGAGCUGCUCGAGCUCACCAUCAGGGAUCUGCAAAGACUUGGAGAACUUCAGUCUGAAUUGGCAGGAGUAGCUGAUUUCUCUGCUACCUAUCUUCGGUGUCAACUUCUUCUCAUCAAGGCCUUACAGGAAAAGCUGUGGAAUGUGGCCGCCCCUUUGUAUUUGAAGCAGAGUGAUUUGGCCUCAGCAGCAGCAAAACAGAUCAUGGAAGAGACCUACAAAAUGGAGUUCAUGUAUAGUGGUGUGGAGAAUAAGCAGGUGGUGAUUAUACAUCACAUGAGGCUGCAGGCCAAAGCCUUGCAACUUAUAGUAACGGCACGAACUACUCGAGGAGUUGACCCCUUAUUUGGGAUGUGUGAAAAAUUUUUACAGGAAGUGGACUUUUUUCAAAGGUGUUUCAUCACUGAUUUGCCCCAUCUGCAGGACAGCUUUGUGGACAAACUUCUUGACCUUAUGCCCCGACUCAUGACUUCCAAACCUGCAGAAGUGGUCAAAAUUCUACAUACCAUGCUGCGGCAGAGUACCUUCCUGCACCUCCCCCUUCCAGAGCAGAUCCACAAAGCCUCAGCCACCAUCAUUGAGCCGGCAGGCGAGUCCGACAACCCUUUGCGGUUUACAUCUGGGCUGGUGGUGGCCCUGGAUGUCGACGCAACCCUGGACCAUGUGCAGGAUCCCCAGAGCACUGUGAAGGUCCAGGUCUUAUAUCCAGACGGCCAGGCUCAGAUGAUCCACCCCAAGCCUGCAGACUUCAGGAAUCCUGGCCCCGGGCGGCACCGGCUCAUCACUCAGGUGUAUCUCUCCCACACUGCCUGGACAGAACCAUGCCAGGUGGAAGUGAGGCUGCUGCUGGCCUACAACUCCAAUUCACGCAUUCCAAAAUCCCCCUGGAUUGAGAGUGGUGAGAUCUCAUCCCAGGUGGAAACCGGCAUCGAGGGCACCAUCCCCUUCAGCAAGUCUGUAAAAGUUUACAUAAUGCCCAAACCCGCAAGGCGCUGAGUCACAAGCAGUCUCUGUAGCUGAGGCCUAGAAGGCCCUUCUUAGGUAUCACAGUUGGGCCAGAAGCCUGGAGGACGUCACCUGGAAGAGGUAUAUAGGCAUAAGGAGGAACAUGUGACCCUUAUGGUCUCAUCCGGUAUCAAACAGGAUAAAUUAUUUUGUACUAAGAAAACUGAAACUUCCAAGUUUAUCCCCUCCCCAAAUCCCUCCCCAUAAUAAAAUUGAGAAAACACCUUAAAGAAAUGUGUGUGGCUAUAGGGUCAACAUUUAUACUAUAUGCUUACAUUCCUUGGGUGUGAAACAAAGAUCCGAUUUUCGAGCCACCUCCAAAGAGCUGUUUGUUGGAGUCACAAUUUUGUUUCUGAAAGCACUCGUCUAUUUGCCAGGGCCAACUCCCAAGCAGCUUUCACAGCUGUACUUUUUCCCCAUAGACAGUUCCUGAAUGGCCUUAGAUGUCCGUUAUCUCACUGAGAAGCGCCUUCCCGAACUCAGGCAAUAGCUGGGCCAAAGACUGAAUGAAUAGCUGGAGAAAGAAUCAUUUUUAUUCCUGAGGGAAAUUCUUGGUCUUGCCUGCCGUUAUCCUUAGACCCAAGAUAAUAGAGAAAGGCCAUAUUUUAGAAGAGAAACCUAGAUUAUGGGAAAGAGGGAUCCAGUGUAAGAAGUAAAAUCACUUCUCACUACACCUGGGAUGACUCCAGGGUUCGAGCUGCAUGUGAGUUAAAGGUGCAGCCGGGGUGUAAGAGUGGAAAAUGCCCCAGAGAUGUUACCCGUGAGGGCCCUGUGCUCUGUUCUUUACCUGUCAUAUAAUCCUCACGGCAGCCAGGUGAGACUUAGAGUUUAAGUCACUGGUUGGAAAACUACAGCAAGCAGUAAAGCCUGUAUUCAUUCAAAUCCAAGUUGAGGCCAAAGGCCUGAGCUGUCCCACCUCAAGGGAAGUAGAUGCAAAAGAGCCUUCAAAUCUUAGCUUGCUAUGCCUCAGUUUCCUCAUCUGUAAAACAGCAAUAACUAUAACAAGAAUUGUUGAAUGGGUUUAAUUAAAUAAUGCUUGGUAGAAUCUGAAUAUGCAGCCAGUCUAGACCAUAUUUGGUACUUGGAAAUCUCAUAAAAAUAAUAGCAAGAUCAUACUCAGACUUGGAGCUGGAAUUUGAAUCCAAGCAUGUUUGACUUCCGGUUUCAUGUACUUGUGUGUGCCUGGCAGUGUCGUAAGCCAUUUACACGGGUUAACUCAUUUAAUCCUCCCAACCAUCCUAGGUACUGUUGUCUUCAUUUGAUAAACAAGGCAAUUGAAGUUCAGAGAAUUAAGUAACUUGGCAUAGGUCACACAACUAGUAAAUGACAGAGCUGGGAUUUGAACCCAUACAGUCAUAACUACUAUAGAGGGAUUAAGGGAGGAAAAAUCAUCUCUAGGGAGCUUCCUUUUCUAGUGUGCUCAUCUAUUUUGUACAUCUCAAGGAUAUGCCCUCAGUGGGCUCUCAAGUGUCAACAGUAGAUGCCCUGGAAAAAGUGCCUGCCUUGGGGAUAAAAUGAAGCUUAAAGCCAGACUGAAGAAUACUGUGGCCGACACAAACAUCUAAUGACAGUUGCUGAGUUGGAGCAUAGACGACAACAUUAAGACCCAUGGCUGCUGACUGAGCCCCUUAUGCCAUCGCUAUAGCAAGCCUUCAAGGAAAGAAUGUGUUGGGUCCUUUUCAGAUAUAGUGCUUCUUUUAUAAAAAACCCUUCCAGGUUAUCCCCCAUUUUACAGGCGGGAAACAGAGGCUUUGAGCUAAUCUAUUGGGCAAAGCCUGGACUUGAUUUUAGGUCUUAAAGCACAAAAUUUAGUACUUUUUCCACCAAAGGUGGAGCCAUCGUAAGGGGCAGAUUUUGGCUGAGUGUCACUAAGUUUUUUAAGGCUGUGUAAGAAUUGAAUGGGCUGCACCAGGAGAUAAGGAAUUCUCAUGCUGGAUGUGUUCAAGCAGAGGUUGAAACAAGUUCCUGACAAGUUUGUUCUGGAGGAAUUCAAGUAUCAUAUGACGGGCUGGGCUCAACCUUUUAAAUUCCUUUUACCCUGAAGUCUCAGGUUCUGUGAAAUAUGAGAAUCUUGAUUUUUCUGCAUCUGGUUCUAUACUUUUUCACUGAAGUGAAAAAAAUGACCUUAUAUUACAAAGACCUGCAAGGGAGCAUAAAGAUCACUGUGGUGUGGCACCUUCAUUUUACAAGUGAAGAUACAAGCCCUCAGAGAUCUAGUUAGUGGUGAAGCCAAGGCUAAAAGCCCGGCCUCCGGAUUUUUAGUCCAAUAUGAUUUUCAUAACGGGUCUAUCGUUCUGUUCUGUCUUUGUCCGCAGUCUACCAUGCAACCAGCAGUCAAAGCCAGAGAAACCCUGGUGUCACUUUGCAUUUCUUCCUCACCCUUCAUAUAAAGCCAGCCAUUAAGUCCUUUAGAUUCUGAUCACUUAAAUGAUUCUUGACUCAAUCCUCUUCUCAUUAUACUCACUAUUAAAACUGAUGCAGGCCGCCAGCAUCUCUCCUAAAGUAUGGCAUUGGUGUCCUAAUGAUCUCCUUGUCUCAAAUCUUGCCCCCUUCAGCCCAUUCUUCACACAGCUGUCAGUAAUCUUUCUAAAACUCAGAACUGAUCACACCAUUGCUCUGCUUAACCCCCUUUAAGUAGAUCACUUCUGGUCCCAGGAUAAAGUCUAAACUCCUAUCCUUGAAGGCUCCUCAUGCUCCUGCGGUUGUCUGCAGCCGCAUACUCCCUGUCCCAGACAUUCCCUGUACUUCUCCAGCUCUAGAGAAUUACCUGCAGUUGUUUCCAGUUCUCACCUUGUUCUCUUGCCUCGGACCUUUGGACCUGCUGGGCCCUGGAAUAUGCUCUUUGGAUUGUCUUCUGUGGUUCCUUCUCUUUAGGGCUGAGCCUCAUUCUAGAACCUAUCUGUGUCUCCUGUGGGCUUGGUGCAUUGUUCCCACCUAUACAUUCUUCAAGCUUGGUAUUUAUUGCAGGUUCACAAACAGAAACCCCUAAAAAAGGUAGGUGACAAAAAAGGAGUCAAGAGGCUUAGAGGAAGGCAAUCGAGACUGAAGAAUCCGAGAGCACGCUCUCUGUCAGAAGGCAGUUACUAAUCAGCUGCCCUCAGUUGUUUAUAAGGUUGGGCCUGGUGGUGUCAAAUCUGCCAGUUCUUUCAGAAAAGCCAGAAAUCUGCAUUUUCAUGUAAAAAAUACCCACAUAAAAAAUCUUGGUUACUAAGGCAGAUGUUAAAAUUACUCUGAGACAAAGUAUGUUUCCAGGUAGAUUUGUGCCAGUUUGCAACUUCUACAUCAUUGCUGUGUGUUUACAUGUCUUAUUUCUUCCAAAUAAUCUGAGUACCUGAACAGUGAGAAUGUCUGUGGUGUAUUUCCAGCAUAGCUCCUGGCACAUACCAGAUAGGAAAGAAUGAAUAAGUAUAAGAAUCCAGAGCAAACGUAGUGCCAUGCAUGCCUGCAAAAGCCAGCCCUGAGAUUCAAGUUUCUGGAAGGAUUUUACAUUUGGCUUUGACAUGAUUGACUUCAGCAAACAGAAUUAUGGGAAGACAGAUACACAUCUAGCAAUUGGCAGACUUCUUAAGGAACUACUUAAGCAAGAGGAAAUCAAGUGUGGGCAGUGAGGGCUCUGC